AUCUGAAAAUUGAUACUAUUCUAUAUAGAGUAUUUCAAAACGCUCUUCUCUGAAACUCAAGAGAAUUAAUUUUUUGCUAAUAGAUCUUGAUUUGUCGUUGUUCUGUUAGCGUGACGAGAAUGAUCUGAUCGGACGGUGAGGAAUCUUCAGGAAGAAGGAAGACAAGAUGUUGGAGGAUCAGGUGGCCUCUUUGUUGCAGAAGUACCUCGGGAAUUACGUGAGGGGAUUCAACAAAGAGGCUCUGAAAAUCAGUGUUUGGAAAGGUAAUGUGGAGCUGACAAAUAUGCAGCUGAAGCCUGAGGCACUCAAUGCCUUAAAGUUGCCUGUGAAGGUCAAGGCAGGAUUUCUUGGAUCCGUCAAACUCAAGGUUCCAUGGAGCAGGCUUGGCCAAGAUCCAGUACUAGUGUAUUUGGAUCGCAUUUUUUUAUUAGCUGAACCAGCAACUCAAGUUGAAGGACAUAGUGAGGAUGCUGUUCAGGAGGCAAAAAGACGCCGAGUACGGGAAAUGGAGAUGAAGCUGUUGGAGAAAGCACAACAAUUGAAGUCAGAAAUGAAUAAAUCAUGGUUGGGAUCCCUGAUCAGCACGAUAAUUGGAAAUUUGAAGUUGUCCAUUUCAAAUAUUCACAUCAGAUAUGAGGAUCUUGAGAGCAAUCCUGGCCAUCCAUUUGCAGCUGGUGUAACCUUGGAGAAGCUCUCAGCAGUAACAAUUGAUGAUAACGGGAAGGAGACUUUUGUUACUGGUGGUGCACUAGACCGACUCCAGAAGUCUGUUGAACUUGAUCGGCUUGCACUUUAUUGGGAUUCUGAUAGUAUUCCAUGGCAUUUGGACAAACUGUGGGAGGAUUUGCUUCCUUCAGAGUGGUUUCAAGUUUUUAGAUUUGGUACUAAGGAUGGAAAACCAGCUGAUUGUCUUAUGAAAAAGCACAAUUACAUUCUGCAACCAGUUUCUGGGAAUGCAAAAUACAUAAAGAUGCGGCAAAAUGAAUUUGCUGAUAGCAGUGAGCAGAAAGCAGUAGUAAACUUGGAUGAUAUGACACUCUGUCUAUCAAAGGAUGGAUAUAGGGAUGUUUUAAAAUUAGCUGAUAAUUUUGCUGCCUUUAAUCAAAGGUUGAAAUAUGCUCAUUACCGUCCAAAUGUCUCUGUGAAAUCUGAUCCAAGGUCUUGGUGGAAGUAUGCUUACAAGGUUGUCACUGACCAGACGAAGAAGGCCAGUGGGAAAUUGACAUGGGAGCAGGUUCUGAGGUACACAAGAUUACGGAAGAGAUAUAUUUCUCUAUAUGCUUCACUGCUUAAAUCUGACCUCAGUCGGGCAGUAGUUGAUGACAACAAAGACAUUGAGGAAUUGGACCGUGAACUUGAUAUUGAACUCAUACUUCAGUGGAGGAUGUUGGCUCACAAGUUUGUGGAGCAGUCGGUAGAAUCGGACCUUAAUUUGAAGAAACAAAAUGCAAAGAAAUCUUGGUGGUCGUUUGGAUGGAACGGCCAAUCUGAUAAAGAUGAAGCUGAGUCAUUUAAAUUCAGCGAAGAAGACUGGGAACAGUUGAAUAAAAUUAUUGGGUACAAGGAAGGUGAAGAAGGGCAAUCAUUCAUCAGUACCGACAAGAUGGAUUCUCUUCAUACCUUGUUGGAGGUUCACAUGAAACAUAAUGCUUCAAAACUUCUUGAUGAGGCCUUGGAUUGUCUUGCUGAAUUAUCAUGUGAAGACCUUGAUUGCACCAUAAAGCUUUAUCCGGAGACAAAAGUCUUCGAUGUGAAACUAGGAUCAUAUAAAUUGUCAUCCCCUAAUGGUCUCCUUACAGAGAGUGCUACUGCUUAUGAUUCGUUAGUUGGUGUGUUCUGCUAUAAGCCUUUCAAUAGUAAGGUGGACUGGAGCAUGGCUGCAAAAGCUUCCCCCUGUUACAUGACUUAUCUGAAGGACUCCAUUGAUCAAAUUGUCAAAUUUUUUAAAAGCAGUACAGCUGUUAGUCAGACAAUAGCGCUGGAAACUGCAGCUGCUGUGCAGAUGACGAUUGAUGGGGUAAAGCGCACUGCUCAGCAACAAGUGAACAGAGCACUGAAGGAUCAUGCUAGGUUUUUGUUGGACUUGGAUAUUGCAGCUCCCAAAAUUAUGAUUCCUACUGAUUUUCUUCCUGACAAUUCCCAUCCGACAAAACUCAUGCUUGAUUUGGGAAAUUUGCUGAUUCGUACACAGGAUGAAGGUGGAUCGCCUGAGGAGCUCAAUAUGUAUUUGCAGUUUGAUUUGGUUUUGAGUGAUGUAUCUGCUUUUCUUGUUGAUGGUGAUUACCAUUGGCCCCAAAAUCCUUUGAACGGAAAUUCUGUUUCCACUAACAUAGGUGGUGUUAGUUUCUUGCCUGUUAUUGAUAAGUGUGGGAUUAUUUUAAAGCUGCAACAGAUUCGAUUAGAGCGCCCAUCUUAUCCCUCAACAAGGCUUGCUGUACGGCUGCCAUCAUUGGGUUUUCACUUUUCUCCAGCUCGGUAUCAUCGACUGAUGCAAGUAGUGAAGAUCUUUCAGGGGAAGGAUAGUGAGGACUCUGAUCUCAUUCGCCCUUGGAAUCAAGCUGACUUUGAAGGGUGGCUGUCCCUUCUUACUUGGAAGGGUGUGGGCAAUAGGGAAGCUGUAUGGCAGCGGCGAUACUUCUGCUUAGUUGGGCCUUUCCUUUAUGUACUUGAGAGCCCUGACUCUAAGUCUUAUAAGCAGUAUAUCAGUUUACGAGGAAAACAGAUAUAUCAAGUUCCACCUGAGUUUGUCGGUGAUGCAGAAAAUGUUUUGGCUCUUUGUAAUGCUGCACGAUCCAGUAGCAAGGUUGUGGAGGAUGUAAAUGCAUUAAUAUUGCGAUGUGAUUCUGAUGAUUCAAGGAAAUCUUGGCAAAGCCGCUUGCAGGGGGCAAUUUAUCGUGCAUCGGGUGCUGCUCCUAUCACUACUUUAUCGGAAACUUCAUCAGACCCAGAGGAUUCUGAAGCUGAAUAUAGUGACAAACUUGAUGUAAUCGAUGUGAAUAUGGAGAGGCUCUUUGUCACUGGUUUUCUUGAUGAACUAAAGGUUUGCUUCAGUUACAGUUACCAGCAUGAACAGAGCUUCAUGAAUGUGCUUCUUGCUGAAGAGAGUCGUCUAUUUGAAUUUCGGGCAAUAGGUGGUCAGGUUGAGCUUUCAAUUAUAGAGAAUGAUAUGUUCAUUGGAACUGUGCUGAAAUCUUUGGAGAUUGAAGAUCUAGUUUCCUGCAAUAGAGUGUCUCGUCCUUGUUUCCUGGCGAGGUCAGUCAUCCGGAGUGCAGCUUCACAUUCAUCCUUCUAUGAUGCUGGGAGUCAGAGCUUUGAAAGCGAUAAUGUAACUGACAGCACUUAUCAAAAAAAUGAUGCAACUGACAGCAAUAAUGCAUAUCCAAGUGAAGGAGAUGAUAAUUUCUAUGAGGCACCAGAGAAUUUGGUUGAUUCUGUUGACUAUCCAAUGCAGUCACCAAGAAAUGAAUCCGGAUCUGAAAUUUUAUCAUUGAAACCCCCUAGUUUUGACCGUAUGGCUGGUCUACUCCCUACGGAUGCUCUUCAAACCAAGAGUCAGGAAAUUGAAUUAACUGAUACUUUGGAUAGUUUUGUGAAAGCUCAGAUAAUUAUUUAUAACCAGAACUCUCCACGAUAUAAUAAUAUGGAUAAUCAGGUCAAAGUGACCCUGGCUACCCUGUCGUUCUUCUGUCGUCGAAAAACAAUUGUUGCCAUUAUGGAAUUUGUUAAUGCUAUUAACAUUAAGGAUGAAAGGUUUGAAUCAUUCAGUGAUAGCUCUCCGACAGCCAUUAUGAAACAGGAUGUCUCCAGGGAAGAUGUGGUUGAUGAUAAGUAUUCAACGUCAUUUGAGGAGCCUGUAGUUAAAGGCUUGCUAGGAAAGGGGAAAUCGAGAAUCAUGUUCAAUUUAACAUUGCAUAUGGCGCAUGCUCAGAUUUUGUUGAUGAACGAAGAUGAAACUAAGCUAGCCAGUCUCUCACAAGAUAAUUUGCUGAUGGAUAUUAUGGUGUUCCCAUCAUCUUUUAGUAUUAAAGCAGCACUGGGAAAUCUGAGAAUAAGCGAUGACAGUCUUCCUAGCAGCCAUAUGUAUUUUUGGGCCUGUGAUAUGAGAAAUCCAGGGGGCAGUUCAUUUGUUGAGUUGGUUUUUACUUCAUACAGCGCUGAUGAUGAAGACUAUAAAGGUUAUGAGUACAGCCUUUUUGGACAUCUUUCUGAAGUACGAAUUGUUUACUUGAAUCGAUUUAUUCAGGAGGUGGUUAGUUAUUUUAUGGGUCUUGUUCCCAACAAUUCAAAACCUGUUGUCAAGUUAAAGGAUCAAGUGACAAAUUCAGAGAAGUUGCUUACAGCUAGUGAAAUUGAAGGAUCACCUGCAGUAAAAUUGGACCUUUCUCUUACAAAGCCUAUAAUAUUAAUGCCGCAGAGGACAGACAGCCUUGACUACUUGAAGCUUGACAUUGUUCACAUAACUGUCCAGAACACAUUCCGAUGGUUUUGUGGACAUAAAAGUGAAAUGAAUGCUGUGCAUUUGGACAUAUUAACAGUUCAGGUUGAGGACAUCAAUUUAAAUGUUGGUACGGGAACAGAACUAGGUGAAAGCAUAAUUCAAGAUGUGAAGGGCAUUUCUGUUGUCAUCCAAAGGUCACUCCGUGAUUUGUUGCAUCAAGUACCAAGUACUGAAGUUGCAAUCAAGAUAGAGGAAUUGAAAGCAGCUCUUUCUAGUGGGGAUUACCAGAUUAUCACUGAAUGUGCACUCAGUAAUAUUUCAGAGACGCCACGUGUUGUGCCUCCACUGAAACAUGAUUCUCCGACAUAUUCAGUUGAUGCUGUAGAAACCAUUGUUCCACAGGAUACAACUGGUGUUGUAUCUGAAACUGUAGAAACCAUUGUUCCACAAGAUACAGCUGGUGUUGCAUCUGAAGCUGCAAAUGGGGAAGCCUGGAUUGUGAUAAAAGUGUCAGUUGUUAUAAAUCUGGUGGAAUUGAGCUUAUAUGCAGGGUCAGCUAGAGAUGCAUCCCUAGCUAUUGUGCAGAUUAGUGAUGCUUGGUUACUCUACAAGUCUAACACACUAGGAGAAGGUUUUCUUUCAGCAACACUAAAGGGUUUCACAGUGAUUGAUGAUCGUGAGGGGACUGAACAAGAGUUUAAGCUGGCGAUAGGAAAACCUGAGAACAUUGGUCCUAGCCCGCUUGAUACUGUGACUUACGAUGAAAACCAGCAUGUACUUGAUGCAAAUGAAUUUAGAGAGAAUGAUAUAAAACCACUUCCUACAAUGCUUAUUCUUGAUGCAAGGUUUAGCAAGCUGUCAACAUAUGUUUCUUUGUGUGUCCAAAGGCCACAAAUGCUUGUUGCACUUGAUUUUUUGCUGGCUGUAGUGGAGUUUUUUGUCCCAUCAGUAGGUAACAUGCUGUCAGAUGAAGAAGAAAAGAACUCUUUACAUGUAAUUGAUGCAAUCAUUCUGGAUCAGUCAACUUACAGGCAACCAUCUGCUGAAGUAACUCUCUCUCCUCAAAGACCUUUAAUUGUUGAUGAUGAAAGAUUUACUCACUUCAUUUAUGAUGGCAAUGGUGGAGUAUUGUCAUUGAGCGAUAGACACGGAUUGAAUCUCUCAUCAUCUAGUACAGAGGCUAUCAUAUAUGUGGGAAGUGGGAAAAAAUUGCAAUUCAAAAAUGUAGUGAUCAAGAAUGGCCGGUACUUGGAUUCUUGUAUAUUUCUAGGAGCCAACAGUAGCUAUUCUGCUUCAAAGGAUGAUCAGGUCUACUUGGAUGAAGAGAAUGAAGUUCCUCACACUAGCUCUUCAAGAGAAAGUAUUAAUGAUGUACCUUCUCAAGAUACGAUGGCUGACAGAUCGACAGAGUUUAUCAUUGAAUUGCAGGCUAUUGGCCCAGAACUGACCUUUUACAAUACAUCAAAAGAUGUUGGGGACUCACAGAUACUCUCUAACCAACUUUUGCAUGCGCAGUUGGAUGCAUUUUGCAGGCUUGUUUUAAAGGGUGAUACUAUUGAGAUGAGCGCCAAUACACUAGGCUUGACUAUGGAGAGUAGUGGAAUCAGGAUAUUGGAGCCUUUUGACACCUCCGUUAAGUACUCAAAUGCUUCUGGAAAGACCAAUAUACAUUUAUUUGUUUCCGAUAUAUUCAUGAAUUUUUCAUUCAGCAUCUUGAGACUAUUUUUAGCAGUUGAAGAGAACAUUCUGGCAUUUCUAAGGAUGACUUCAAAGAAAAUGACAGUUAUCUGCUCCCAAUUUGACAAGAUUGGAACAAUAAAAAAUCCCAACAGUGAUCAAAUAUUUGCCUUUUGGAGACCUCAUGCACCACCUGGUUUUGCUGUUCUUGGUGACUAUCUGACACCACUGGACAAGCCACCUACAAAAGGAGUUCUUGCUGUAAAUACCAACUAUGCUAGAGUUAAAAGACCAAUAUCUUUCAAACUGAUUUGGGCACCUUUAUCUUCUGGAGACCUUUCUGGUCAUGUAGUAAAUAGUUUUGACUCGCUACCAAAUGUUGUCCAUGGUAAUGGAGACACCGGUUGUUCAAUUUGGUUCCCUGUGGCACCCGAAGGUUAUGUUGCAUUGGGCUGUGUGGUUUCCCCUGGAAUAACACAACCACCACUAUCUUCGGCUUUUUGCAUUUUGGCUUCUUUAGUUUGUCCUUGUUCCCUGAGGGAUUGUAUUGCAAUCAGCACUACUGAUACAUACCUCUCAAGUUUGUCAUUCUGGCGCAUAGAUAAUUCUCUUGGCACUUUCUUGCCAGCAGAUCCUGCUAAUUUUAGCUUAAAGCCUAAAGCAUAUGAUUUGCGUCAUAUGAUAUUUGGGUUGUCAGAAGACUUUGCAAAAGCACCUACCAGUACAGAUGCCCAGACUUCCCCUUCAGGUCAUUUACACAACCAACAAUCAGGAAGAUCGAUUGCUGCAAGCUCUGGUCGGCGUUUUGAGGCUGUUGCUAGUUUUAGAUUAAUAUGGUGGAAUCAAGGGUCAUACUCAAGGAAGAAACUAUCCAUAUGGCGUCCGGUUGUGCCACAGGGGAUGGUAUAUUUUGGUGAUAUUGCUGUUAAAGGGUAUGAGCCUCCAAAUAAUUGCAUUGUUCUUCAUGAUUCUGGAGAUGAGGAGCUUUUCAAAGCCCCUCUGAGUUUCCAGCUAGUUGGGCAAAUCAAGAAGCAGAGGGGAAUGGAUAACAUUUCUUUUUGGCUACCUCAACCUCCCCCAGGUUAUGUUUCCUUAGGUUGUAUUGCAAGUAAAGGCCCCCCAAAGCAGAAUGAAUUCAGCACAUUAAGAUGCAUGCGCAGUGAUAUGGUCACUGGGGAUCAGUUUCUGGAGGAAAGUAUAUGGGAUACAUCUGAUGCCAAAUUCACAUCAGAGCCAUUUAGUAUUUGGGUGGUUGAUAAUGAGUUGGGAACCUUCAUUGUCCGUAGUGGUUUUAAAAGACCUCCAAAAAGAUUUGCCUUAAAGCUGGCUGAUUCAAGUGUGCCAAGUGGGUCAGAUGAUACUGUUAUUGAUGCAGAAAUUGCAACAUUUUCUGCGGCACUCUUUGAUGACUACAGUGGUUUGAUGGUUCCGUUGUUCAAUAUAUCUUUUAGUGGAAUUGGGUUUAGCCUGCAUGGAAGAACUGACUGCUUGAGUUCCACUGUCAACUUCUCUUUGGCUGCUCAAUCAUAUAAUGAUAAGUAUGAAGCUUGGGAGCCUCUUGUUGAGCCGGUAGACGGAUUUUUAAGGUACCAAUACAAUAUCAAUGCCCCUGGUGCAGCUUCUCAGUUACGUCUUACUUCAACUAGGGAUUUAAACAUAAAUGUUUCAGUGUCUAAUGCAAAUAUGAUUAUUCAAGCUUAUGCAAGCUGGAUUAAUCUAAGUCAUGUUCAUGAAUAUCGUAAAAAACAAGAAGCAUUUUCUCCAACUUACGGUGGAAGAUCUAUCAUUGACAUUCAUCACCAGAGAAAUUAUUAUAUAAUCCCACAAAACAAACUUGGACAGGACAUUUUUAUUAGAGCCACUGAUAUCAGGGGACUUCCAAAUAUAAUUCAGAUGCCAUCUGGGGAUAUGAAGUCUAUAAAAGUUCCUGUCUCAAAAGAUAUGUUAGAUUCUCAUUUGAAAGGAAAACUUGGCAGAAAAUUCAGAAUAAUGGUGACAGUUGUUAUAGUGGAUGCACAGUUCCCAAGAGUUAAAGGCUUAACUUCUCACCAGUACACUCUAGCAAUUCGUCUCACUCCAGACCAAAGUGUCUCGACUGAAUUACAGCUCCAUCAACAGAGUGCACGGACAUCUGGAAGAAGUGCAGAUAAAUUUUUGUCUUCUGAGCUUGAAUUGGUCAAUUGGAAUGAAGUAUUUUUCUUCAAAGUUGAUUCACCAGACCACUACUUGAUGGAAUUAAUUGUAACAGACAUGGGAAAAGGUGAUCCGAUUGGAUACUUUUCAGCCCCCCUGAAGCAGAUAGUAGAAAACAUCCAAAACAGUUCAUAUUCACAUGAUUAUCAGAGCAAAUUGACCUGGAUAGAAUUAUCCUCGAUAGAAUCUGUGAAUAUGAUUCAGAGUGAUAAAAAUAAAAGCUCAUGUGGGAGAAUAAGAUGUGCUGUAGUUAUGUCACCCAGACCUGAAGUUGAGAGCAGAAAUCAACCUGUCUGUGCUGAGAGAAAAUCUGGACAUAUUCAGAUUAGUCCUAGCAAAGAAGGGCCUUGGACUACUGUGAGGCUAAACUAUGCAGCACCUGCUGCUUGUUGGCGGUUAGGCAAUGACGUUGUUGCCAGUGAAGUAAGUGUCAAGGAUGGGAACAGAUAUGUGAAUAUCAGGUCUCUGGUUUCAGUACAUAACAAUACAGAUUUUAUACUUGAUUUGUGCCUUGUAUCCAAAGCUUCCACAGAGAACGUGAGACCACAAGAUGGUGCAAGUAAUUCUAAAGGGUUACAAAUUGAUGGUAGAAAUGUUAAAACAGACGAGUUUUUUGAAACUGAAAAGUGUGACCCAACCAUUGGCUGGGUUGGCUGCUCGGUUCAAUCAAGCCCAGAUGUUUCCAAAGGUGGAAGCCCCCAUAAGGAAAUUUCUGAGGUUGAGUUACCAAUGGGUUGGGAAUGGAUUGAUGAUUGGCAUUUGGACAAGACAUCUACCAAUGAUGCUGAUGGUUGGGUUUAUGGUCCAGAUGUUCAAAGGCUAAAAUGGCCCGAUUCUUUUGAUCCUUCAAAGUUUGUGAACCACGCAAGGCAAAGGAGAUGGAUCAGGAGUAGAAAACAAAUAAUACGUGAAUUAAAGGACAUUUCUGUAGGACUACUGAAACCUGGAGACACUGUGCCCCUUCCUCUGUCUGGUUUGUCACAAUCUGGAAUGUAUGUCUUGCAAUUAAGACCUUAUAGUUCCAUUAAUCCUAGUGAAUAUACUUGGAGUUCUGUAGUGGAUAGGCCUGGUCAAAUGGAUUCUGGUAAGCCAAAUGUAUGUUCUGAACUAUGUGUAUCAACCCUUAUCGAGUCUGAGGAGCUGUUAUACUGCACCCGGAUAAGUGGAACUUCAUCAAGUGGUUCACAUAAAUUGUGGUUCUGCUUGAGCAUACAAUCAACAGAGAUUGCUAAAGACAUCAAUUGUGAUCCUAUUCAGGACUGGACUCUUGUCGUCAAGUCUCCACUGUCUAUUACGAAUUUUCUUCCCCUUACAGCUGAAUAUUCUGUUCUUGAGAUGCAACCAAGUGGUCAUUUUGUUGACUGUUCUAGAGGAAUAUUUGGUCCAGGAAAAACUGAAAAGGUUUACAGUGCUGACAUAAGAAAUCCCUUGUUCUUCUCACUACUUCCGCAAAGAGGAUGGCUUCCUAUGCAUGAAGCUGUUCCUUUAUCUGAUCCUCAUCGAAUUCCAUCUAAAACAUUAAGUUUGAGAAGUUCAAUAUCUGGAAGGAUUGUUCAAGUCAUUCUUGAGAAGAAUUAUGAUCAAGAACAGCCAUUGCUGGCAAAGAUCGUUAGAGUCCAUGCUCCUUAUUGGUUUGAAGUUGCUAGAUGUCCCCCACUUACAUUUAGGCUCCUAGAUUUGUCAGGGAAGAAAGAUACAAGGAUUGGUCUUCAUUUUCUGUCUAAGAAGAAAAACGAAGUAUUAUUGGAGGAGAUAACUGAAGAAGAAAUAAUUGAAGGUUGCACAUUAGCUUCUGCUUUGAAUUUUAAUAUGUUGGGUCUCGCAGUGUCAAUUUCUCAAUCUGGCCAAGAACAUUUUGGACCUGUUGAAGAUCUUUCUCCUCUUGGUGACAUGGAUGGAUCAUUAAAUCUCUAUGCUUAUGAUGCUGAUGGCAAUUGCAUACAGCUUUUUAUCUCUACAAAACCAUGCGUUUAUCAAUCUGUUCCUACAAAGGUAAUUUCUGUCCGACCAUUCAUGACAUUUACAAACAGACUUGGCCAAGACAUAUUUAUUAAGUUUUGCAGUGAAGAUGCACCUAAGGUUCUUCGUGCUUCUGAUUCAAGAAUAUCCUUUGUACAUCAUGAAACAGGUGGUUUAGAUAAGCUCCAGGUCCGAUUAGAAGAUACCAAUUGGUCAUUUCCUGUACAAAUUGUAAAAGAGGAUACCAUAUUCCUGGUUUUGAGGGGGCCCAACGGUGAUCGAAGAUUUUUGCGAACAGAAAUUCGAGGUUAUGAAGAAGGAUCACGUUUUAUCGUUGUAUUCCGUCUUGGAUCGGCCAAUGGUCCUAUCAGAAUUGAGAACAGAUCACUUGGUCAAACAAUCAGCAUUCGCCAGUCUGGAUUUGGUGAAGAUGCCUGGAUUCAGUUGCAACCUCUUUCAACCACCAAUUUCUCUUGGGAGGAUCCCUAUGGCCAAAAAUUCAUAGAUGCUAAAGUUGCUGGUAAUGAUAGCAAUAGUGUCUGGAAACUCAAUUUGGAAAGGAAUGGAUUAAUUUCUGCAGAGGAGCAGGAACUAGGAUUGUGUUUCCUAGUUGUUGAAAUGGAUGAUAUCACGGUUGCUAGGUUCAUGGAUGGCAAGACACCAGGGUCAAGUUCACAUGAAGAGAUUACAAGCCCAACACUGACUGGAAUCCAUGGAAAUUCUCAAAUACAGAGCAUGGUGCAGAACAAUGCUGCACCUGUGGAGCUCAUAAUUGAGUUGGGAGUUGUUGGGGUUUCUGUUGUUGACCAAAGACCAAAAGAGAUUUCCUACUUGUACUUGGAGCGAGUUUCCAUUUCAUAUUCAACUGGCUAUGAUGGUGGGACAACUAGCAGGUUCAAACUGAUACUGGGUCAUCUGCAGCUGGAUAACCAGCUGCCUCUAACUCUAAUGCCAGUGCUCUUGGCUCCUGAUCAGACAUCUGACGUGAAUCAUCCGGUGUUCAAGAUGACUAUUACAAUUUGCAAUGAAAAUAGCGAUGGCGUACUGGUCUUCCCAUAUGUAUAUAUUCGGGUAACUGAGACUUGUUGGAGGCUGAAUAUUCAUGAACCAAUUAUUUGGGCAUUGGUGGAUUUCUACGAUAAUCUUCAGCUAGAUCGCAUUCCCCAAAGUUCAAGUGUCGCUGAAGUUGAUCCUGAGAUACGUAUUGACCUAAUAGAUGUUUCAGAAUUAAGGCUGAAGUUGUCACUUGAGACAGCACCAGUUCAGAGACCAAAAGGGGUUCUAGGUGUGUGGAGUCCCAUCUUGUCAGCUGUUGGAAAUGCAUUCAAGAUUCAGUUGCAUCUAAGGAGGGUGAUGCAGAGAGACAGAUUCAUGCGGAAAAGUUCCAUUGUUCCUGCCAUUGGAAACCGAAUCUGGAGGGAUCUGAUCCACAAUCCUUUACAUUUGAUAUUUUCAAUAGAUGUUCUUGGUAUGACAAGUUCAACAUUGGCUUCUCUUAGUAAAGGAUUUGCAGAACUUUCAACAGAUGGGCAGUUUCUGCAAUUACGUUCAAAGCAGGUCUGGUCAAGGAGAAUCACCGGGGUGGGUGAUGGAAUUAUUCAAGGAACUGAAGCUCUUGCACAAGGUGUUGCUUUUGGGGUGUCUGGAGUAGUUACAAAGCCUGUAGAGAGUGCCCGUGAGAAUGGUGUCUUGGGCCUUGCUCGUGGGCUUGGACAUGCUUUUCUAGGAUUUGUUGUACAACCAGUGAGUGGGGCAUUAGAUUUUUUCUCGUUGACUGUUGAAGGAAUUGGUGCAAGUUGUUCCAAAUGCUUAGAGGUAUUCAGUAGCAAGACCACUUACCAAAGAAUCAGAAACCCAAGGGCUAUCCAUGCUGAUGGUGUACUUAGAGAGUAUUGUGAGAGAGAAGCUACAGGACAGAUGAUACUGUUCCUUGCAGAAGCAAGUCGGCGUUUUGGUUGUACUGAAAUUUUCAAGGAGCCCUCAAAAUUUGCUUGGUCUGAUUAUUAUGAAGAGCAUUUUAUUGUUCCUUACAACAGGAUUGUUCUAGUGACCAAUAAACGAGUCAUGCUGCUACAGUGUCUGGCUCGAGACAAGUUGGAUAAAAAACCUUGCAAGAUUAUGUGGGACGUUCCAUGGGAAGAGCUCAUGGCAGUGGAAUUGGCAAAGGCAGGAUGUAACCAGCCUUCUCACUUGAUCCUCCAUCUCAAAGAUUUUAGGAGAUCAGAAAAUUUUGUCCGAGUCAUCAAGUGUGGAGUUGAAGAAUUAGAGGGAAGAGAACCUCAAGCGGUUAGGAUCUGUUCAGUAGUGCGUAAGAUGUGGAAAGCAUAUGAGUUUGACAGGAAAUUCCUAAUUCUAAAUGUUCCUUCAAGCCAAAGACAUGUGUAUUUUGCUUGGAGCGAAGCUGAUGGGAGAGAACCACAAACUCCAAACAAAUCUAUUUUAAAGUUGAGAGGGCUCUCUUCAAAUAGUUCUGCAUCUGAUGAGAGAAGAUUUGUUAAACAUAGCGUUAACUUUUUGAAGAUCUGGAGUAGUGAACAAGAAUCAAAAGAGCGAUGCACAUUGUGCAAAAAACAGGUUAUGCAAGAUGGUGGAUUGUGUAGCAUUUGGAGACCUGUUUGCCCAGAUGGGUAUGUGUCGAUUGGGGACAUUGCUCGUGUUGGUAGCCAUCCUCCAAAUGUUGCUGCUGUUUAUCGUAAUAUUGACAGAUUGUUUGCUCUUCCAGUGGGUUAUGACCUGGUAUGGAGGAACUGCUUAGAUGACUACACAACUCAAGUAUCAAUUUGGCAUCCACGGGCUCCAGAGGGAUAUGUUUCUCCAGGAUGCAUCGCUGUUGCCAAUUUCACACUGCCAGAACCUGAUUCAGUGUACUGUGUGGCUGAAUCACUUUCUGAGGAGACGGUAUUUGAAGAGCAGAAGGUUUGGUCUGCACCAGAUUCAUACCCAUGGGCUUGUCAUAUAUAUCAAGUUCAGAGUGAUGCGCUUCACUUUGUUGCUCUUAGACAAAAGAAGGAAGAAUCUGACUGGAGGCCCAUGAGGGUUGUUGAUGACCCUCAGCCUCUGCAGCAGUCUUCAGUUGCACAGUGAAUAUUAUCUUCCUAUUAGAGUUAGUGCCUUUGGUUUGGGUUGUUUAUGAAAGACUAUUGCUCAGGAUGCAUAUAUUUGAUUUGUACAGUGACAGUAGUCUCUCUUGUCCUGAUCUUUUUCAAAAUUGUAUCUUUCAUGGUCCGUCCAACAUGAUAAAUAGUUCACCCUCAUAAAGAUCUCUCAUUAGUGUGAUAUUUGCAUGGGAGAAAAAAAAAAAAAAGGAUAAACAUAUGAAUGCUCACAAAAAACAGCAAAGUGUCACCUUUUUUUUCCAUUGGGGAGCCGGUGUUCGGUAGGUUGGUGAAUAGUUUAUUUCUGAGGGUAUCACCAUCACGAAUUCUUUGUAUACAACGAUUUUGGUUGAAAGAGAAGAUUUUGAGGUUGGUGAAUAGUUUAUUUUUGAUGGUAUCACCAUCACGAACUCUUUGUAUACACCGAUUUUGGUUGAAAGAGAAGAUUUUGAGACUGUAA